AUGGACACAGGUGUUGAUCUUGAGAAGAACGUGGCAACAGUGGCGAAGCUGUUCUCGUACACGUGGACGAUGGGUGCCUUCCUGUGCAAGAUGGUGCACUACAUGCAGAGCGUCUCCUUCGUCUGCUCCGUGCUCACACUCACUGCUAUGAGCAUCGAGAGGUAUUAUGCUAUCGUGCACCCGAUGCGAGCCAAGUACAUCUGCACAAUCAGCCAGGCGCGCAAGAUCAUCCUGGGAAUCUGGUGCGCAUCCUUCCUGCUCGCCUUGCCCGCCAUCUUCGUACAGAUCCACCUGCCGGUGGGCCUGAAGGUGCAGGCGUUCUGGUGCGUGCGCGACUGGGAGCACGAGGCGCUGUGGCGGCUGCACGAGCUGUACAUGCUGGUGCUCAUCCUGGUGGUGCCCACGUGCAUCAUGGCGGCCGCCUACACCUCCAUCUGCUGGGAGGUCUGGCACGUCAUGCAGCGCCGCUGCGACAUGACCGCCGGCCAAGGACUACAUGUCAUCUCCACGAUCCCAGUGAAAAAAGAACGUGAAUUUGGCCACCGCGAGUCGCUGCGCAAGAUCAGCCAGGUGAAGGCCGAGCAGGAGGCCGGCACCGUCAAGCAGGUGAUCAAGAUGCUGGUGGCGGUGGUGGUACUGUUCGUGCUGUGCUGGGGCCCGCUGCUGGUGGACAAUGUGCUGACCGCCUUCCGUCAGCUGCCGUCCUACCGCACUGACAGCCUCAAGCACAUGGCCACCGCCUUCCACCUAAUGGCCUACUUUAACAGCUGCAUCAACCCGAUCGUGUACGGCUUCAUGUCGAAGAACUUCAGGGAGAGCUUCUACAAGGCGCUGUGCCGCUGCUGCUACCGCGGCAGCGCCGGCCUGCGGCUCCGGCCAUCCUCGUUGUCCCACACUCGCAGCACUUCAGUCCGCUACACCACGGACCCCAGCUGCGGGCGGCGCAUCUCGGUGACAACGAGCGCCUUCUGAUGGCUGGCGGGCUGGUGCUGCGGGCGGCGAGCGCCGGCGGCCGGCAGCACCGCCCGCUGCGGGGGCAGAGCCAGGGACAGAGCCAG